AUGGCUGCCCUCCGAGCCCUGGCGGUUAUGCUGGUGGCUGCCUCAUCCUCCUCGUCCUCCUUCUCCUUCCCCUCCUCCUCCUCCUCCUCCUUUCCCUCUUCAUUCCCCUCCUCCUCGUCUCCCACCUUCUUCUCCCAGCUUCACUCCGCUUCUGAUGUCUCUCACUUUGCCUCUGGCUGCCAAGCUACCACCAAACAAUCGUCCACCAGACUCCUCUCCUGCCUCUCUCUCCACCCUGCGAGCUCUCUAUGCGGGCACUGUCGACAAGCGAGCAUGGCCCUCAAGCUUCGAGGAGGGUCUUCAGACCCUGUGCCAAAGUCCGAUGCCGGGCUUGAAGCGCAUGGGGCUGAAGGAGGGCAGAAUCAAACGUCUUCGCGCCCUUCCAACACAGAAGGCGGAUGCCCUCACGGGCGACACUCGUCGAACCCCGAUGAGCAGCACUGCAUGGAGUGUGAAGUCAUGGCUUUCCUGCAGCGCGCUGCCAUGAUUCUCCAACAAGCUGGCGGUCGGAUGGACAGCAACAUGUUCUCAAAGCAAUGGACAACUCAGUACCCUGAUGACCCGCUCACGCCAGAGCAGGUUGCGACAGCUGUAGGAGGGAUCUUGAAGGAAAGUGGAUACUUUCACGUCGAGGAGACCAACGAUCCGAUGGUCAAACUCUUCGAGCUCAUCGAACAAGCUGACGAUGGCAACGGACUGGGCGAUUCGCCCCCAACCAUAUGUCUACCUUUCGAGUUGGCACCUCCAGAGAAGGUUGGAAGACACCCAGCAGUCGGAAGUGGAAGGAUGACGCACAAGGCGCUAGUAGAAGCCAUCUCACCGACAGCAGACAAUGCUGGUAAACGACGACACGACGAGGUUCAAUACACAGGAAAAUGGGGAGAGCAGCUUGUUGGGUAUUGGACGUUGGGCUCAUGCGACGGAAGCAACGGAUGCCUGCAUCAAGAGAAGUACGCCUUCGGUGGAGAGUGA